AUGGUGAAAACUCCCCCGUACAUUGGACUGCUUUUAGAAUCCGAAUCGAAAUCAGCAAAAAACGUACAGAUGUUCAUUUUCCUAAAGAAAUACCGUCAACUGCUCGCGAACAAGCUGCGUAAGAAGAAACUUCUCCAGCAAGUCGAAAAUUUCGAAGUCAGCGGAUAUUUUUCCACCGCAAUUCCCUUUGAGGGAACAAGCCCCCAGAAUCAACGGACAUACACUGCCCGCUUGAACAAGCGCCUGAUUCCACCUCCUCCAAAAAAAAGAUCACAGUGGAAACGCUCUAACAUUGAGCCAGAUCUAUUAAUGAACUACCACUCAGAAGCGUGGCUAACGCACUAUCAUAUAACAUCCAUGAGCUUUCCGGAUUUGGCACAGCGAGAGGUUUGUUCUGAAGCCGCAUGA